CUGAGUUACUGUUCGCGCUCAUCAAGCGUAUCGUCGAGUCUUCAAACAGUGUUUCAACAAAUAACUUCGAUUGUGUUGUGUUUAUUAGUUUGCUAUUUUAUGUGUUCGAAGGCCCUUUUUAAUGAUUUUUCCGAGAUUGAUCUAAAUGGCAGCAUUUCCCAACAAUGGAAGAAAAUUCGAAAUUGCUGCUCAUCAUUGCGUGGUCACAACUCCGAAACAUCGAAAAGUGCUUUGCUUGAUUCCACUAGUCCUCAUAUUCUAGUCAGUACUCCUCACGCUACUUCGUCACUCAGGCUUCCAAGUGGUACGAAGAAAAGUAGUGUCCAAGAUGUCCUAAGAGCAAAAUUUAACCAAAUACACGUUGGUCUAAAAAGAAGACGAGCGCUUUCUGUCCAAGAGUUCUUCCAUAACGCCAGUAAAGACCAAACAAAUCAACCAAAGACUGCCUUUUAUGUCCCUCCACCUGAAAAUCUUACUUCUCUUAAUGGGAAGUCGAGAUCUUUUCAGUCAGCAUCAGAGAGAAAGCCUAGAUCUCGCCAACGAGCAUCUUUAAACUUAAGUUCUCCAAACCCAACUUAUUACUAUGAACCCCCACCAGACUACGAUGUUGAGCCGGCAAGGUAUCGCCGUUGGUCAGUGGCUACAAAUCCCUUAUAUCCCAAUUCAGGAAACUCAGGUCAACCUCAGCCUAUCUACAACCAUCCGAUGGCCGCUUGCAAUAUUGAAAAUUUCAGUAUUAAAAUACCAAAAACAAAAAUAAAUAAACAACAAAAUAACCACUUGGAUAGGGCGAGGUCACAGUCACCCAGCUGGAACAAAAAACAAUCCGAUUGUGUUAAAGCUCAAAAGUCCUCGAAAGUCGUCAAUUCAAGGAGCCAUUAUGAGUUGGGUGGUGGUGUUAAAAUUCACGAACGACCGGAAAGUAGCAAUUUUCGGCGUCAUCAUCAGGACUCUAUAGAAGAGUUGGAAGAGAUCGAAGAAGAGGAGAGUAAAUUUUGUACCUUGCCAAGGGGAGGAAAUUCAUUCACAAUCAAGCAAGUUUUGUUUAAAAAAGGUCACAAUUUCAAGCCUUUAGGAUUUAGCAUAGUUGGAGGUAAAGAUUCGCCGAAAGGUAGCUUGGGAAUAUAUGUUAAAACUGUAUUUCCUAAUGGACAGGCAGCUGAAAAUGGAACUCUCAAAGAAGGUGAUGAAAUUUUGGCAGUUAAUAACAAACCCUUACAUGGAACAUCGCAUAAAGAAGCUAUAAACGUAUUCAAGCAAAUUAAGUCCGGUGAUGUUCUACUACAUAUAGGACGGAGAGCCAAUAGGAGACAACGCGAAAAACUCGGAAAUUGAUCACCAUUGUUGUUAAAUCAUUAUAUUUAAGUUCAUAUACCAAAAAUUUAACAUUUCUAAAAUUAUUAGGAAAUGUUUCAUCAUUAAUACCUAUACCUAAGUUAGCAUAAGUGACGUAUACUCAAAUAAUCUUUCUGGUUGUUUAUCACAAAACAAUCCAUAUAUAAAUUAUUCUGGCUUCCAAAAAAGUACAUUUAUACCUUUUCCAUCGAGUUAGGGCCUUUCAACAAUAAAAUAUUUAAGGCAAUACAUUUAAUAUAACAAUUAUAUAUUUAUUAUAAU